AUGCCCGGUUCACGAAGUAAAUCGUCCGCGAACGACAAACAGUCAAACAGUGAGAGGAAACAAGUGGUUGAGGUGGUCACAGUGGGUGAUAUGUUGGAGCCGUCUGCUAGUGGAAGCAAUCAAGGGUGUUCGUGUCAGGUUUGCGAUAACCCUGACACCAUGGACAUGGUCCAGUGCGACGAAUGCGACAAGUGGAGCCAUUUCAUGUGUGCGGGUGUCACUGAAGAGGUCGAAAACCAGAGCUGGGUUUGCCACAAAUGCCAAUCUGCCAAGGCAACUCAGCAACAACAUUCGACAUCGGGUCAUCGCAUAGGAGUGGUCAGCCUAGAAGUCAGUGCCAUUGAAGAACGGAUGCAAGGCACUAAGGCGCCAUCUGUGGAUCGGAAUGCAAAGCACCAGCAACGUACCGGUGUACCAAAGGUGAUAGUGGUCUCCGCCAGUGAUGACGCGCGCUCUGUGAAGUCGCAGCAAGUACCUCAGAAGCCAGCAUCUUCCAAAGCGUCAUCUCAGACACGACUGAAGCUGCAAUUAAUGAAGCUGGAGGAGGAACGGGCCUUCGAAGAGGCACAAGCCAAAAAACACCGCGAUUACCUGAAGGAGAAGUAUGAGUUGCUGGAGCAAAUGUCGAAACGUUCCUGCUCGGGCCACAGCAAAGCUAGUAGCCGAGUUCGGAGAUGGGUUGAGGAUGUUAACGAUCUCGGGCCUGACGGGAAGGUGACUGAAUGUGCAACCGAACCAUUUAUCCCUAAAGGGAAUUCUACUGUCAACGGUGGAACACCCUCUAACCUGCUCAAUCCUGUCGAUGGACGUCGCAACACGCAUGGUGUACGUGAUAAUCAGGUGGUCCGUGAUUUCGGUACAGUUAAGCAUUCCACUGCGUAUGCAGGCGAACGACAGCCUCGUAUCGGCCCCCAACACCCCGGGAAUCCAAACAGUACCCCAUUGUAUGGGGCUAGAAGCUUUUACGAAGUUGUAUCAAAUUCCCCUGGAAUCGGAUCUUCUUGCAUACCUGAACCAGGACUUCAAGCAACGCGCGAUCACCUCCAGCUGGGACAGCCAGUCGCUCGCCAAAGCAACGUGUCAUAUCUACGUGGUAACGGCAAUCACCCAUCGUAUAAUCUACAACAGAGCUGGCACAACAAUACUCCUCCUUCGCAAAUCCAACUCGCCUCUAGGCAGGCUGUUUCUAAAGAUCUCCCGCCGUUCUCUGGAAACCCUGAAGAUUGGCCGAUCUUCGUCUCCACGUUCGAGAGUACCACAGCAAUGUGUGGUUACUCUAAUGAAGAAAACAUAAUCCGCCUGCAAAAGUGCCUCAGGGGAACGGCAUACGAGGCUGUUAAGAGCUGCCUGAUGCAUCCGACGAAUGUAGCCAAUGUAAUGAACACGUUGAGGGUGCUAUAUGGUCAGCCUGAAGCGAUAGUUAACUCGCUGAUUGUAAAAAUAAAUGCUAUUCCGGUGAUCAAAGAAGACAAGUUGGAGAUGCUAGUUGAUCUCGCGGUUAAAGUGCAGAACUUCUGCGCAACGGUCGAUGCAUGCGGUUUAGAGGACUAUAUGUACAACGUCUCCUUUCUCCACCAAUUGGUAACCAAGCUACCGCCAACUCUGAAGCUAGAAUGGGCUCGAUACCGCCUAACGCUUCCGAGGGUAAACCUAGCAACCUUUGGGGAAUGGCUGUUCUCACUUGCAGAAGCAGCCAGCGUCUUAACGAUACCGUCUAUACCACUGCAAAACGACCCACCAAAAACCGUGACCAACCCGUCAAGGAAGACUAGUACUUUCCUGUAUACUCACUCCGAGUCAAGUGCUAACGAAAAUACAUCGAAGAAGCCUAGUACCUACAGUUGCCCGGUGUGCUGCGAAGGGUGUAUGUCGGCGUCGAACUGUCCACGCUUUCUUCAGCUCUCUCGAGAUUCUAAGUGGGCUGCCGUGAGAGAAUUUGGAUUGUGUCGUCGCUGUCUCUGCCGCCACGAAGGGAAAUGCAACGCAAAGCCAUGUGGGAAAGACGGUUGCACCUUCUAUCAUCACGAGCUGCUUCACAACGACAAUAGGUCGCUAAACUACAUACCGAGCAAGCCGUCAACUUCUGCCCCACCCGCCAACCUAGCAGGAACUAGUACAGCACACGGAUGCAACACACACCAGUCUGCGGCUAAUGCCGUACUAUUUCGUUAUCUUCCUGUUAUUCUGUAUGGAAACGGUGAAUGUACCCGAACGUACGCCUUUCUCGAUGAGGGCUCCGCUAUAACUCUGAUGGAUCAAGAUCUAGCUGACCAAUUAAACCUAGAGGGUCCUGUCAGCCCGCUUCGCCUUCGAUGGACAGCAGGUACCGAACGUAACGAGGAGAGCUCGUGUGUGGUGGACCUGAAAAUCACUGGAACUCAGAAUCAUGCCAAGCAGUUUGAACUCAAGGGAGUCCGGACCGUGAAACGGCUUAUAUUGCCAUUCCAAUCCCUCGACAUGAACGAGAUUGCCCAACAGUAUCCGCACUGUCGGAACUUGCCCAUCGAAUCGUAUUCUGAUGUUCGCCCGAAGAUCCUUAUCGGCCUAAAACAUGCUCCAGUCAGCCUCGUACUUAAAAGUAAGGAAGGAAGCUUGGAUCAACCUAUUGCCGUCAAAACUAGACUUGGGUGGACAAUCUGUGGUGGAUGUAGCGCCGAUACUGCCUCAAACUUCGUCCACUAUACGUUUCACGUCAGUGAUUGCGGUCAUCAAUCUGAUGAAGGCGUACAUCAAAUGGUCAAGGAGUAUUUCUCGAUAGAUAGUCUGGGCAUUAUGAAAAUGAGUAAAGAUUUGCUGUCAACAGAAGAUCAACGAGCCGGCUCACUUCUUCAAUCGCUUACCAAAUUCAAUGGUACUCGGUACGAAACCGGGCUUUUAUGGCGAUACGAUGGUGUCCGUUUGCCAGACAAUAAGGAAAUGGCACUACGUCGUUACCACAACCUCGAAAAGCGGUUGCAGAAAGACUCGGAACUAGCCCGUACUCUGCAGCAGAAGAUGUUGGAGUACCAAGCCAAAGGAUACGUGCGUAAACUUACCGAUGAAGAGCUGAGCAGGAACUAUCCAAGAGUGUGGUAUUUGCCCGUCUUUCCGGUUUUUAACCACAAUAAGCCUGGGAAAAUUAGAAUCGUAUGGGACGGUGCUGCAAAAGUCUUCGGUGUUUCUCUAAACUCAACUCUGUUAACAGGCCCCGACCAGCUGUGCUCCUUGUUUGCGAUACUGCUGCAAUUCCGUGAAUAUCGUGUGGGCGUAACAGGGGAUAUAAAGGAGAUGUUCCACCAGGUUCUUAUGCGAGAGGAAGAUCAACAAUGUCAUCGGUUCUUUUGGAAGGACGAUGCUGGCGAGAUCAAGGUGUACGUAAUGAACGUAAUGUCGUUCGGAGCUAGUUGCUCCCCAGCUUGCGCUCAGUACGUAAAAAAUGUAAACGCGGAACGCUUUAUAGGAGAGUUUCCAGAGGCAGUCGACAUCAUAAAGAAACGCCAUUACGUGGACGACGCGAUGUUCAGUACCGAGACGCCUGAGCAUGCUAUUCGUCUGGCACAAGAAGUUCGACAAUUGCAUUCUGCGGGUGGAUUUGAAAUUCGUAACUGGACGAGCAACUCGCGACGAGUGUUGACUGUCUUAAAUGAGACCAGUACUGCAGAGAAGAGUAUGGAUUUAUCAGUGGGACCAAUGGCUACGGAGAAAGUGCUCGGCAUGUGGUGGUGCACAACAUCCGACGAGUUCGUGUACAAAAUAGGAUGGAAUCGCUACAAUCCUGAUCUGCUUACCGGACGUUGUCGGCCGACAAAACGACAGAUGCUGCAGGUUCUCAUGACCAUCUUCGAUCCUCUAGGUUUGAUCUCGCACUUUCUUAUGUUUCUCAAAGUUCUUCUCCAAGAAGUGUGGCGAGCCGGCGUUCAAUGGGAUGAGGAGAUCCCCGACACUCUGUACGAAAAAUGGCUAAAAUGGUUGAAAGUGUUACCUGAUAUAGAAGACGUCAGAAUUCCACGGUGUCUUCGGUCGCCAGCGAUUCCUAGCAAUUCUGAUGUACAAUUGCAUCUAUUUGUAGAUGCCAGUGAGAAUGGUAUAGCUGCAGCUCUGUUCCUCCGCUUUGAAUACCAUGAUGCUAUCUGCUGCUCUUUAGUUGCGGCCAAAACAAGGGUGGCACCCUUAAGAUUCCACUCCAUCCCGAGGCUGGAGUUACAAGCAGCUCUCAUAGGUGCUAGGUUGGUACGAACGGUUACGCAAUCCCUCUUAACCCCAAUACACCGCAAAUUUUAUUGGACCGACUCACGCGACGUACUAAGCUGGAUAAAUUCAGAUCACCGACGAUUCAACACAUUCGUUGCCUUUCGGGUUAGCGAAAUACUCGACGUUACAGAAGCAGCAGAUUGGCGCUGGGUACCGUCAAAACUGAAUGUAGCAGACGAUGGCACCAAGUGGGAAACGCAGCCCGACACUACCCCGAAAUCCAGAUGGUUCCGAGGUCCCGACUUCCUCUACCACAGUGAAGCGGAAUGGCCCCAGGUUCCCUCAAAGUCCGCACAUACAGUCAACGAGUUGCGGCCCUCCUUUGUGGCUCAUCACCUCGCUCCCGAUUCCGUCAUCACCAUCUCGAAUUUCUCAAACUGGAAACGGCUAACCAACGUAACCGCUUACGUGCACCGUUUCAUCGCAAAUUGCCAUCGCAAGAGAUUGAAAAAGCAUGCCGUAGGCGGCCCAUUAUCCAGAGAGGAACUGUACGAGGCCGAAGGUUCUCUGUUCCGCCUAGCUCAACGAGAAGGCUACCCCGACGAGAUAGUCCGACUUACCAAAAACCGAAACGAUGCGGAUAGAAUCAUCCCCAAAAAUAGCCAACUGUACAAGCUAUCACCCUGGCUGGAUGACCGCGGAGUAAUGCGGAUGCGUAGUAGAAUAUCUGCCUGCGACUACGUUACCGAAGAAAAAAAACGACCGGUAAUCCUUCCCGUACACCCUGUGACCACCCUGUUGAUUACCCACUACCACGAAAAGUUCAAUCAUCAAAACCAUGACACUGUCGUGAACGAACUACGUCAACGAUACGUCAUUCCUCGCAUUCGCGUCCAGUACGCAACCGUCAGAAAACACUGCCAAAGGUGCAAAAACGAAUCCACGGUCCCACAACCUCCAAUUAUGGCCGACCUUCCCGCAGAACGGCUAGCAGCUUACACACAGCCCUUCACACACGUGGGCGUAGACUACUUCGGGCCCAUGGAGGUCGUAAUAGGCCGCAGAACGGAGAAGAGGUGGGGAAUGAUCGUUAUCUGUCUCACGGUGCGAGCGAUUCACAUAGAAUUGGUCAGCUCGCUAAGCACCAACUCGUGCAUAAUUGCACUCCGAAGCUUUAUCAUUCGUCGCGGUACUCCAAGAACGAUUAGAAGCGACCGGGGGACCAAUUUCAUUGGCGCUAGUCGAGAACUCCAAAAGCUUCAGGACGCAGUUGACUACGACCAAAUUAGCAGCAACUUCGUAACCGCUGAGACGAGUUGGCACUUCAACCCGCCUCUGGCUCCCCAUAUGGGCGGUAGCUGGGAGCGGCUGAUUCGAAGUGUGAAGAAAAACUUAAUGGCCAUCUGUCCUCUGACAAAACCAUCCGAAGAGGUAUUGAGAAGCAUGCUCACGGAGGUGGAAGCUACACUUAAUUCCCGACCGCUCACCCAUGUGCCCAUCGAUGAGGAUUCGUCACCAGCACUCACACCGAAUGACUUUCUAGUGGGGUCAUCCGAUGGUUCGAAACCCUUUACUUCUUUGGAUGACAGCGGAGCCCUCCUGAAGCAAAACUGGCGUACAUCCCAAGCGCUGGCCAACCAGUUCUGGAGGCGCUGGUUAUCCGACUACCUUCCCGACAUCACAAAACGGACGAAAUGGUUCGUCGAUACGAAGCCGAUUGCGCUAGACGACGUAGUGGUCAUCGUAGACUCCAACCUACCCAGGAACUGUUGGCCGAAAGGUAAGGUCAUCGCAACUCAUCCCAGCAAGGACGGUCGAAUCCGAUCAGCGACAGUUAGAACUGCGAGUGGCGUAUACGAUCGCCCUGUAACAAAACUGGCGGUUCUGGACGUUCGACGCGGAAGAGAGCAAGGCGAACAGGCGUUCGGCUUACCCGGGGGGAGUGUUGGCCAUCCCUAG